AUGAGGAUGUGGAGCCUUCAGAGCCUGCUGCUCCCCCUGUGCAUGUCUCUGAGCUGUGUGAGGGGUGAGCUGAUCCAUGCGUAUGGAUAUGAAGGCAGCUCGGCUCAGGUGUCAUGUCCCUAUCCAGCCGGGUAUGAGUCUUAUGAUAAGUACCUGUGCAGGAACGACUGCGGCAGCGGUGAUGUUCUGAUUAUAACAACAGAAGCACAGAAGAACAGAUUCUCCAUCAGUGAUAACCGACAGCAACGAGUGUUCACAGCAACCAUCUCUGGUCUGAGCCGCUCUGAUGCAGGGAAAUACUGGUGCGGGGUGUCCAGGAGUGGAAAAGAUAUCUACACUGAAGUAAAGCUGGAAGUAGAACAAGACAGCUGCUGUGAUGAUUCCACUAAAGUCCAAUAUUAUGAGGAGAGUUCAGCGUCCUUAACUUGUCCGUAUGAGUCUGAGUACCAGAACAGCCUGAAGUUCGUCUGUGGAGGAAGCCGGCGCUCCUCAUGUCUGCAGCAGGCUAAAGUCACCUCUACCAGCCAACAUGUGGGACAGUUCAGACUCACAGAUGACAAGAGGUUGAAGAGAUUCACUGUGACCAUUUCAAGUUUGACCCAAAGGAACUCUGGCCGUUACCUCUGUGGCGUCCGGGCAAACUCUGGCCUGGACCUUUUCGCUGCUUUUGACCUCGAAGUCAAAGCUUGGUGCUGUGUGGCGUCCAGGAAGCUGACUGGCUCUGUGGGACGUCCAGUAACGCUGCAGUGUCCCUAUCCACCAGAACACCGGGACAACAGGAAGUUCCUCUGUAAGGGAGAGCAGCGCAGGAGCUGUACAGACAUGGUGACCAGUCAGAGCAGGUUCACGCUGCAGGAUGAUGUUUCCUCCAGCUCCUUCUCAGUCACCAUCACAAGGCUGAAAGCAGAGGAUGCUGGGACAUACUGGUGUGGCUCAGACCCACAGUGGGCUGCUGCUAACUACAUUAAGAUUCAACUGUCAGCAGGAGCCUCGAAAGGUUAA